UUCCAUCUCUGGAAACCCUAGCCAACAUCUUCUACUCCAUCGAAGAACAAACCCAAAAAUGCCGCCUAAGUUCGACCCAACCCAAGUCGUUGACGUCUUCGUCCGCGUAACCGGGGGCGAGGUCGGAGCAGCCAGUUCUCUUGCUCCAAAAAUUGGUCCCCUGGGUCUCUCUCCCAAAAAGAUAGGUGAAGACAUCGCCAAAGAAACCGCCAAGGACUGGAAGGGUCUCCGCGUAACUGUCAAACUCACCGUCCAGAAUCGUCAGGCUAAAGUCGCAGUGGUCCCGUCGGCGGCGGCUCUUGUUAUCAAGGCAUUGAAGGAGCCGGAGAGGGAUAGGAAGAAGACCAAGAACAUCAAACAUAACGGGAACAUCAGUCUCGAUGAUGUCAUCGAAAUUGCUAAGGUAAUGAGACCGAGGUCGAUGGCUAAGGAUUUGAGAGGGACAGUGAAGGAGAUACUUGGCACGUGUGUUUCCGUUGGGUGUACGGUUGAUGGGAAAGAUCCUAAGGAUUUACAGCAGGAGAUUGAUGAUGGAGAUGUUGAUGUUCCUUUGGAGUGAAAAAGUUUGUCCUUUUCGUUCUUACGAUUAUCAUCGUGUUUGUCGUUU